AUGGCGCCGGCACUUGAUGCGGCCUUCGCCCCGCUGGCCACCGUCGCCAUCCAGGAGCAGCAUCUCCAGUCGCGGGACCUGCAGAAUGUCAACCGCACCCAGGCUAUUACCCUCGGUGUCAUCGCCGCCUACGUGGUCGGCAUUGCCAUUCUCUGGAACGUCCCGUAUCUUCGCAUGAUCCUCUGGCCUUUCAAGAUGCUCGUCAUUGCAUUCCACGAGUUUGGACAUGCCAUCACAGCUAUCCUGACCGGCGGCAAGGUCAAGUCUAUCAGCCUGGACCCGAAUGAGGGCGGCGUCACCCAUCUCUCUGGCGGCAUCAGCGCCAUCACUCUGCCUGCCGGUUACCUAGGCUCAUCUCUUAUCGGCGCCGUCCUGAUUAUCUGCGGCUUCAACAUCAACGCCAGCAAGAUUGUCAGUCUGGCUCUCGGCGUGUGCUUCCUCCUCACUCUGUGGUGGGGCAAGCGUGAUUGGCUCACCAUUCUCACUAUCCUCCUCGCCGUUGGCUUCCUUGUUGGAUGCUGGUUCAUCAACCACGCCGAGGCCCUCCGUUUCGUCGUGCUCUUCAUCGGUGUCAUGUCGUCACUCUACAGCAUCUGGGAUAUCUGUGACGAUCUGAUCCUCCGCAAGGUCAAUUCUUCCGACGCCAGUGUCUUCGCCAAGCGCUAUGGUGGUUCUUCUCGCUGCUGGGGUGUCAUUUGGUCCAUCAUCUCCGUUUGUUUCAUGGCUGUUGGAAUUGUUGUCGGCUUGGCUGCUUUCUCUCAGUCUUUUGAACAACAGCGUGAGGAUGCUCAGCACUUCAUUCCCACCUAG